CUGGUGGUGAGCGACAGCGUUAUGCUGACGGCUGAGGGGCAGACGGUGCGGGGACGGCCCAACAUGGAGAACUGCACUGAAGAUGACAACGCGCUGCAGAAAGGCAUUGUGCUAUUUCAGUUUAUCGUUUACAUCCCGGUGUUCUUGUUGGGGAUCCCACUGAACAUGAUUGCCUUCUGGGUCUUCUGCUGCAAACUCAAGAGUUGGACUGAGACCAGGGUGUACAUGAUCAACCUCAUGGUCGCGGACAGUUUCCUGCUCUUUGCCCUGCCUUUCCUGAUAUAUUUUACCAAGUACGAACAUCCCAUAGACAAUCUGUGUUUCGCCAUACGGAACAUCUAUUUUACAAACAUGCCUAUGAGCAUCCUUAUCAUCACCCUGAUUGCGAUUGAUCGAUACAUUGCAAUCAAGUUCCCUCUAAAAGCAAAGAUUCUUCGAUCCCCACUGAAAUCGGCUUCUAUCUGUGGGUUUCUUUGGGUAACACUCAUGAUUUAUUCAUACUUUCUUCCAGAAUUUUAUGGAAGAAAGGAAAAAGUCUGCCUUCAGAAACAAUCUAUUCAACCUAAUUAUUUGUCAUUAUUCUCUAUUAUCUUUGGGUAUUUUAUUCCCUUAGGGAUUGUGAUUUUUUGCUCAGUACAAGUCAUCAAAUGUCUCAAAAAGAAGAUGGCCACGAAUCCUCAUGAGACAAAGUUAAUCCAGAAAGCAAUCCACAUGGUUUCCGUGAAUUUGUGUGUGUUCAUCAUAUGUUUUUCACCUUUCUACAUCACACUGCUCUUGCGGUUUGCAGUGGAUGUUGCUGGAGCUUGUUCUCUGGUCUUGGAAGUUAGAGCCUCUAUUCAGAUCUGCGCGUGCUUAGCAAAUUCUAACUGCUGUUUGGAUGCAUUUUGCUAUUACUUUGCAGCCAAGGAAUUUCAGGAAUUUUCUUCUCUGUUCCCCACUUGUAUAUCAGUGAGGUCCAAGAUGAAGCAAAGCCGAGUCACAGCUACCCACAGAUCAAGUCAUGGCAUAAAAAAAGUGUAG